AUAUUUCCCGGGAAAAUUAUCCCCUUUUGUCUGUUAUAAAGGCUUGCCAGUCUUCUCCGAAAUUUUUUAUGGCCUCCAACAUAUUUAGACAAACUAAUCGGCCGGUGGACGGAUUGGCUAGUUUUCUUGUCUCCGGCGAUUUCUCAUUUGCGGAUCGGGCGUCGUUAUCCUCCCCUAGGUUAUCGAGCCUCAAGUCCCUCUCGCCUCGCCCCACCUACCCCUUGUGGGAAAGAGAGUCAAUUACCCUUUUUUUCUUCUCUAAAACUCGCGUAAUCCAUUCGCUUCAUAGGAUGCCCGUCGAUGAAUCGGUCGCCGGGCCGGCGGAGUUCAGAUCCGCCUCUCCUGGAUCCUAUGGGUCGGUCGUGCUCGGUGGGACCUUCGACCGCCUCCACGAUGGCCACCGCCGCCUUCUCAAGGCUUCGGCAGAGUUGGCGAGAGAUCGCAUCGUGGUCGGGGUCUGUGCAGGUCCGAUGUUGGCCAAGAAAGAGCUAGCUCAUCUGAUCGAACCAGUUGACACGAGGAUGAAGGCUGUCGAGGAUUACAUCAAGACUAUUAAACCAGAAUUGGUAGUGCAAGUGGAACCUAUUGUGGAUCCAUAUGGCCCAUCUAUUGUGGAUGACAAGUUGGAUGCUAUUAUUGUCAGCAAGGAGACUUUGGGUGGUGGGCUCUCUGUGAACAGGAAGAGAGCUGAGAAAGGUCUACCACAGUUAAAGGUUGAAGUUGUUGAUCUCGUAUCUGGAGGAACAGGUGGGGAGAAGCUAAGUUCAUCCGCACUAAGGAGGCUUGAGGCCAAUAGAUUAAAGCAACAGGAAGUGCCAGCAGCGAGGCAUGAAUGCAGUCAGGAAGGAAAAGAUUGGAAGCCAGCUUCAUUCACGUGAUGGUCCGACAAGCUUUCCACAUUUAAGGUGGCUAACAAAACCCAGUUGUGGCACCAGCACCAAUUUAAUUUUUUGUGUAUCUUGUCAACCUAUGAGCCAGAAUUGUCCUUUCCUGAUACAGGCUAGAGCUGUUUGUACUUGGACUUUCUGUGUGUCAAUUGAGUCUCUGCUUUGAUUUUGUCUUCUUCGAAUAAUGCAAUCGACACUCCUACUUGCUAGGGACAUGGCAGAUGUUUCUUGGGUUGGAAAUGUGAAGUAUGAGAGGGAGGUAAUUGAAUGUGUCUUAGCUUCUGGGGUCACCGAUCGGAUGAAUGUAUCUCCACUAAAAUUUAUUUGCUGAUUUCUUUUCUUGAAUUAGAUCAUUUUUGUUUCUCUUCUGA